GAUCAAAACAAAAGAAACAAAGAAAAAGCCCUCAUCAGCUCUCCAGCAUUGUUGUGCGAAAGGAGUCGCCACUCUCUCAUCUCCCAUCAAUCUUCACUUUGACCCUCGCCCGCCCACGCAUUUGGUUCUUGGUUUUGAUCGUUAAGAGCCUCACUCGUGCUCUCCACCUAUUUACGGCUAUCGACCACGUAAGAAAUAAACCUCAUCACCACUCGAGCAACAUGGCGUCGUCAGUGUUCUUCAAAUUCAAGUCUCAAAAGGAGCCCACCAGGGUUGAGUUCCACGGAACGGGCAUCUCUGUCUUUGAACUCAAGCGUGAUAUUAUCAUCAAGAGCGGCCUUGGUGAUGGCACCGACUUCGACCUUGCUAUCUACACCGAUGACGGCAGAGACGAAUACGACGAUGACACAACAAUCAUCCCGCGAUCCACCACGGUUAUCGCUCGCCGGCUACCACCCAUGAAGCCGGGUGCCGGUCGAGCUGCUCGAUAUGUCUCGGGCAAGAUGCCAGUCAACGCCAAGAACUCGUCCCGAAAAGAGCAGAUGGUGAAGGCAUCAACAAAAGCCACCUCCAAUGCGAUUGCUCAGAUGAACAACGCCAUGACAGAGGAGGAGAAAAUGGCAGCCAUGUUCCAGGCGCAAACGGAACAGUGGUCGGCCCAACAAGAAGAGAUGGCCCAUCAGCAGCCUGUCUUCAAGCCCGGCUCCAAGAAGCCAGCCAACGUCCCGGAUCAUGAACCUCCACAAGGCUACAUUUGCUAUCGCUGUGGAGAGAAAGGGCACUGGAUUCAGCUCUGCCCGACCAAUGACAACCCGGAAUAUGACAACCGUCCGCGUGUAAAGAGGACGACCGGAAUUCCCAAGUCGUUCUUGAAAACGGUUGACAAGGCAACGGCUCUGGCGCAACACGGUGAAGGUGAUGAUUCCAAGACACCAUCCGGUAUCAUGGUCAAUGCAGAUGGGGAGUUUGUGAUUGCGGAGCCUGAUAAGGCGUCGUGGGAGCAAUUUCAAGCCAAGGCCAAGUCAACCUCUGCUGCCCAGAAGGUCGCUUCCGACCAAGACAAAGAAGCACAGGAGCGUGGCUUGGUGUGCCCGAUCGACAGGAGAAUGUUUAUAGACCCAAUGAAGACACCGUGUUGUGAGAAGACGUAUUGCAACGAUUGCAUCACUAACGCUCUAAUCGAGAGCGACUUCGUUUGUCCAGCCUGUCAGACGGAAGGCGUGCUGAUCGAUGAUCUGAAGCCGGACGACGAAGCAGUCACAAAGACCAAGGAAUACCUCGCGGAGAAGGAUGUCAAGGCAAAAGAGGGCUCCACGAGUGCACCAACAUCACCGAAAUCCCCGGUUGCUGGGGAUGCUAAGCCCGCGGAAGCCAAGGUCGAGCAAGCCCAGUCAAAGUCUCCUCCUCCCGCACCAGCAUCAUCCAAGUCGCCGCCAUCACAGAUAGCUCAGACCUCAACCCCCGCACCGGCACUAACAUCAACACCCGCAAUUCUCGACUCGAACCCGAAGAAGCGACCUGCGGACGACUUGGUGGAGAACCCCAAGAUCCCUAAAGCACCAAAAGCAAUGCAGAAGGCGCAAGAAGCCCAGCAGCAGCAGGCCAUGAUGCAGAUGAUGAACGGAAUGCCCGUCAACGGCAUGAACGGGAUGCCGAACAUGCCCAACAUGCCCAACAUGCCCAACAUGCCCAACAUGCCCAACAUGCCCAACAUGCCCAUGAUGCCGUUCGGCGCCAUGCCGAUGGCCAACGGCUUCGGCGCCAUGGGCAUGAACAACAUGAAUAUGGGCAUGAUGAACCCCAUGAUGAACCCCAUGAUGGGCGGCAUGCCAGGCUUCAACAUGAACAACAUGAACGGCGGAUUCCCCCCCGCCAUGGGCGGCGGCGCAAAUACCAACAACAUGUGGGGAGGAGACAUGAGCGGCGGCAUGGGCGGAGGCAACAUGAACAUGAUGAACAACAUGAACGGCGGCGGGGGAAUGGGCGCCAUGAACCCCCAAGCCGGCUUCAACCAGAACCACAACCAGAACCCGCACCAGCACCAGCAUCAGCAGCAGCAGCAGAUGCACAUGCAGAUGCAGAUGCGGCACCGCAACUUCGCCAACCAGCCCGCCGCCGACGACGACGCCUACUUCCGCAAGCCCGUGAACCCGCACAGGCACCAGAACCGGCAACGACGGGUCCGUCCCAGCGACUACCGGGAACUGUAAACCCCCGGCUGUCCAUAGCAGCAUCCCGUUUUGGUUUUGACAUCCGGUUUUUUGAUCUCAUGGCAACCACGGGCUAGCGAGAACGCAUCAUCAGGACGCGUCGUUUCUGCGACCUGGGUGUGCUUGCUUUCGUACCUUCUCUUCCUGUUGGGGGGGUGUUGGAUCGUGGUAGGGGCGUUGUUUUUAGA